CGACAGGUUGUGGUCUAUCUUGUUUAAGUUAUACAAAUAUUUGAUAAGAGCGCUUGUCGAGUGGUUAGCAUAGCGAGGUACCCCAACUCGGAGAAACCGAAGCGUAGGUCGAACCUUGCCUCGUUUUAAUUCACAUAUGUAUUCAUUUUUGGCCCGUUUUUUUUUUUCUGGUAGAAUAUUCUCAAACCUCGUUAUUAAAUUGUAUUCCGCGGCAUGUAGUUAACGUGCUGUCGAACGUUACCGGCUUUGCGCCAGGAGUGAAGACCAAUCAAUCACCGGUUACCUUCUCCGCUAGCUAGUUUUGUGUACAGUGUGGUGUUGCUGAGGCAAGGGAAAAAACGCAGCGGUCACCAAGUGACUGGAUCUUGUGGCGUGAGCACUAAUGCUGUCUAGCAAACACGGCGAAUCCCAGUCGCCGGUGUAAAGCGCGGUGUGUAAAAUACAUCUUGCAGCCCUCGACCCAGAUAAUAAUAAUAAUAAUAAUAGUAAUAAUAGAUAGGUCGAUAUCGGGAGAAGCGCAACGCAAGGAUGUUGCAAAUACUGGCUUGCGGCGUCGUAAUUUUUCCCGGUCUCUUCUUCAUCUUUCGGAGGGUACUCCCGUCCAUUUUCAAACAGUGGACCGAUGCCGACGUUGUACUGGUCAGCGAGAGGCUGGUGUCCUCCAUCCACGCCAUCAUGGCCACCACGGCAGGAGUCAUCGUGGUGUCGGAGUGCAGCGGUAACAUCAUGACCGACAGGUACUGGCUGGCCACCUACUUUGUCAUCUGGUACGGCGUGCCCUACAUGACAUACGAUAUCUACGCCAUGUACCUCAGCCACUACUACCGCUUCCGGGUCAAGGGCCACGAGGAGUAUAAGGAGCACUCGUUGACCACGGUCAACUCGUUUGUCCGCCGCGAGUUCCUGCUGGUGCUCCACCACAUCGCGCUGCUCACCAUCCUGCUGCCCGUCACCCUGUUCUUCAGGAGGGACCAGGGCGAUUACUUCAUCGGAUGCCUGUUCCUCACAGAGCUCAGCACGCCCUUCGUCUCCUUAGGGAAGAUCCUCAUCCAGCUGGGUCUGCAGGACUGCUGGGUCCACAAGGCCAAUGGGGGCAUGGUGCUGCUCAGCUUCUUCCUGUGUCGAAUCGCCCUCUUUCCCUACAUGUACUGGGUGUAUGGCCGCCACUACGGCAUCCCCGUCUACGGCGUGCCCUUCCACCUGACACUGUUGGUCAACCUGGGCAACCUGUGCAUCCUGGCACCACAGGUCUACUGGUUCGUGCUGCUCUGCCGCAAGGGCUGGCGGCUCUACCAGCGCCAGUGUCACUCCACCGCCGCCGCCAGCAGCCAGGACUCCUCCCCUCCUCCCUCACCUAGCCCCCCCUCCCUCACGGACAACCAACCCAAGGGAAAUCAUUAGAGCUGGAGAGCUCACUCUGUCACCAUCGCACUCUCUCUGUUCUUUCUCGGUUCUCUCUACUCUAUAUGUGCUCGAGUCACACAAAAACGAACCACCAUCGACUACUACUUACUACUACCACUGCAAAAGCACUACGGCUACUUACCACAGUCUCCCCAAAAAUACUACUACUACUUCUACUACUACUAUCGUUACUACUAUGAUUACACUAGUACUGCUACUGCUCCUCCUCCCCCUGAGCCCCCACCCCCUCCUCCCCUUUGCUUCAAUACUACUGAUCGCUCCACCCCAUGCCCAUCCAAGCUCUACUCUUUUAGCUCUUCAUUGGGGUUUUUACCCCUACCCCCCACACCCCUCUGCUUGGAUUAGAGGGAUUGGACAGGGGUUAUAUUUGGAGUGCUACACUGGAGUUUCCCUAAAAGAUAUGAAGAAGACAGAGAAUGGAGCUCCUGGCUUUUUUCGGAGGGGGGGGGGGUGGUGCUGAGACACUCCCCCGGCCCCUCCCCUUCAUCUAUUACUAGCUCUGCUGAUUGGAGGAUCGGUUACAGUGUAGAUGAAUGUGUCUGUAGAAUUAGUUGAAUUAUUUUGUUUGUCAAUGAUUUUUAUGUGUCAAGUUCUGAAGAGUCCCAUUUUAUGAAGUGUUUGUCCACCCACCCAGUCCUCAUCUUUAAAAGACCGCCGGCGGGAGAGGAGGAGAAGCGGAGAAGGGGACUUGGCAUUUCAGAUAGAAAUAGUGACAAGGCUGGGUGGUGGGACAAGGGCUGGAGGGAUGGGAGGGGGUGUUUACAAACUAAGAUAGGUACGGGUGUCACCUCAUCUACAUUUGAAGGAGAAAAUGAAAAAUAAAUGUUUGCACCAGCAUAGCUACACAAAAACCCAUUUAAUGUGAUUGGAUUUUGGAACUCCACCCUCCUUUAUCCACCUCAGCGCCUCCCAUUGUCCUGUUUCCUCAUUCUCCGUGGCCGCCGCCGCUGGCCAAUCGGCACGCCUGCAGCACUCCAGUCCUCCUCCUUUGUUGUUUACGGCCCAACAGGAUUCCCAACAGCUAUGCUGUGGCCCUCUGUAGCUCAGCUGGUAGAGCACGGCGCUUGUAACGCCAAGGUAGUGGGUUCGAUCCCCGGG